GGUACCACAAAGCGGUAAACAUGUGCUAAACAACUGAACAUGCGCAAUUCGGACCGCGCUCAUUUUGUGAAUUUCGAACGUUUGAACUUUGAACUUUAGGUAUUUCUAAUCUGUGUUCCGCCUCUUUAGUGAUGUGCAGUUGUUUUAGUGUAACAUUUUAGAAUCGUUGUUUUUGGUUUGCGUUCAAUAACGUUUUAUUUUUUUUAACACUAUUAUGAACGUACGAUGUACCCAACGGAUAAUAAGCAUGGACCAUUGAAAUUGAACCCUUUCGUUGCGCAAAAGACUCUGGACCACAACAUUAUGUUGAAAACGAUACAAACUCUAUGUUACAAUAAAGCGAGCGCGAAUCCUUUCAAUAUGACGUCCCCUUUCCUAGUCGACAACAUUUUGCAUCAACAGAAAACGGUGAACUUCCAUAAUCAGUACUUGAAUCAGCAGAUCGAAAAUUACAUGUUCCAAAGGCAACAUUACGAGCGUUCCAGAGAGAACACGCCGGAGGUGGACGAACACACUAAGAUGGCGGAGGCGGAAGACGAGAUCCGGAACGAGGAAUCCAUUGAAGAUUCAAAAAUCGAAGACGACGACUCCAAAAGUAGGGAUGAGGAAGAGAGCUAUAACGUUAAAACCGAACAAGGUUAUUACAACGAGUUUUACCAACGAAACGAGGAAUUGAAAGACAAGGAGGUUUUGAACAUUCCAAAUUUAAAUCGCAGAUGUCAGAGCUGCGGUUCGAAUGAAUGCCCGCCGUUCGCUUGCAAAAAGUCUGGCAUAAGGAGACUCGAGGAGUUGGAGAAAAGGUUCAAUUUGAAUUACCAGGAGAACUCGGGGGAUGAGGGCGAAAGGGAGAGAUAUAACACGGACGAUAUGGUUAGGAGUUGCGAGGAGUUCAACGAGCCCAAGAAGCCAACGCUGAAGUUCAGUGUGAGUGCAAUAUUGGGAGAUAGAGAGGACACGGCGAAGACCAAUAGCGUUAAUGAAUAUCGGCACCCCAUCAUAGGUCAGCCGUGGCCCAUAGCCAAGCCCAUCGCUAGUCGACCUAUUCCGGUACAGCAUCAGCACCUUCAACACCUAUUAGCACAUUGUCAUCACCCUUAUUUAGCAGUAAGACCGACGCAAGCGCACACUCAAGUUUUCCCUUUGCCUGGUGGUUUUCCCUGGGCGCACAGUUCGAGAGGUAAACCUCGUCGUGGCAUGAUGAGGAGAGCUGUGUUCUCAGACCUGCAGAGGAAAGGUCUGGAGAAGAGGUUCCAGGUGCAGAAGUACAUCUCCAAGCCGGACAGGAAGAAAUUGGCGGAGAAACUGGGCUUAAAGGAUAGCCAGGUGAAGAUUUGGUUUCAGAACCGUAGAAUGAAAUGGCGCAACUCGAAAGAGAGGGAGCUACUCGCCUCCGGAGGGUCCAGAGAGCAAACACUGCCGAACAAGAACAACCCACACCCGGACCUAUCAGACGCCGAAGCGGAUAAACCGAAGCUUUCACCGUUAUCACCUAUGCCGGAAGACCAAACUGAAGAAGCGAAGACCAAAAUGUAUGCAACCACAUCGAACUGUCAAAGUGACAACUACAGAUACGAUGACAAGAUGGCGGGCGGCGUUUUUACGCGCGAACCGCCGUUUUCAAAUAUGGAAGAUGGUGAUGAUUAUGAGACGGACGCGAGCGCCUCCGACGAAGAAAUAAAUGUGACAUGACGUGUUUAUCUCGUUUUUACCGUGUACAUUCUAAGGUUAUUUAUUUAUGUAAAUUACUGUUGUUUUUUUAUUUAGCAACUGAGAUAACAUUACGUUCCGUAAAGCCAAAAAUACUAAAUUGCCAAAAUUAGAUUUUCUUGUUUUUAAGACAUAAGAUCAAAUUCAGUUCAUCAAACCUAGAUAUUUGUGAUAAGAUAACUUAUUUAUAACCACAUUAAUGACCGUCCUUACUACCUAUCAAAAUAAGAGAUAGUGAGAGCCUUUUUAAUUUACUAAUCCACUGUUUCCACUCCGCUGCAAUUACUUAAUUGUUAGAUUGAGCUCUAGUAAGCUUAAUCUUUUAGCAUGAAAUCAUUGUUCUAAAUAACAGCAUAACAAUCUUCAAGAAUAUUACUUCAUAAGCUUUAUAAGAACAUUUAUUCAGUAUAAGUCAACUUAAAAGUCGAAAUAAUAUUCAUUUACUCUACAUGCAUCAUCAACUUGCAGCUUCUAGGUUACCUAGGGGCAACAAUUAAUCAGUGACCGUCAGUUUAGUAUGGCUUUCGACGUAUUCGAACGGCUGUUGGCUUAUGCACCUAUGUAAACCAACGAUAUUAAAUACCCACAUAGGGUAUAAAAAUUAAAUAAUAUCGUUGACCUAAACCUAACGCACCGAUGAGUAGAGGCCACUGAGAAUAAGGAGAAGGCACUCGCUGUCAGUCUUGAUAUCGCUAAGGCAUUUGAUCGAAUCAGGUAUAGGGCACUUCUUUCGAUGCUUCCAUUAUAUGCAAUGCUAUUAUAUGGAUUGUCAAUUUUCUGUCAGAACGCAACAUACGAGUCGUAGUUGACGGCGUCUCUUCUGACACUGAAGCCAUUAAUGCUGGUGUCCCACAAGGAUCUGUUCUGGUGCCCACGCUGUUCAUAUUGCUUAUCUAUGAUUUGUUGGUUACUAACAACAACAUUCAUCGCUAUGUGAAUGAUAGUACUGGUGACAUCUUUUACACCGAUUGACCAAAUAUUCCUCGGAUGGAAAUACAGGAGUGUGGAGACAAACUUGUAUAUGAGAUUUAGACGUUACUUAAUCAAGUAUGAAAUUGGGGCCGACAAAAUUUUCACCGCGAAAAAAUCUCCUUUCGUAGCAGCACCAACAUAAUGUCGGAAUUCCAGGAGUCGACAUUUCAAAUAAAGUUCAAAUCUGAGAUUAUUUGGAAGGAAAAGCCAAACAAGCCUGCAAGCCUUGAUGCUUUAGAAAGCACAGUUCCGACCACACGUCUUUGUGUCUGGGCUGAGGCACCCCAAUAACAAAUAAUAGUUCAACUUAUGAUGAUCCUGAGCUCACGCAGCGACGUUGCGUCCUUGUGCGUGUUAUACUGUCUAUAUAAUAGUAUUCCGAGGAAGCAUUUAAUCUGGUGCCAGUAGCCAAUUUCCUCCACCGCAAGACACGCCACAGAAAGCGUUCUAGAACCAUGCGAUACGCACGAUCCUUUUUGUUGCGUCCCAGCUUUUUCUGGAACGAGCUUGCCUCAGUGGCUUUUCCUUUUAGCUAUGAUAGGUCUUCAAAGGGCGGGUAAACCUUCUCCUUCAGAGCCGGCAACGCAUGAGUGGUACCUUUGGUACUGCAAGUGUCCAUGGGUGGCAGUGAUGGACUGCCUACUUAAACUUAAAAAAAGGUUUAUCGGAAAACUAGCAAACUACGCUUGAUAGCAACUGAAUUGACUCAGCUUAGUUUCUUUAAACUUUUAGCAGCACGGAAAAAAAUGAUUAAAAGAAUGAAAAUGGUGCCAUAGAAAAUGAAUACGAUUGAUUACAGUGUUUUAAUUUUAUUUAAUUGUCAGAUAAAAUUAUAGGUCGUAAAGUUGAUUUUUUUUAUAGAAACCAUUCUGAGUCAUUUUUUUUAUUCUCUUCUAAUCAGAAUAGAUAGUUGGAUACCUAUAUUUAAAUCAAUACAAAUCAGAAUAAUUUUAGUAAUUGAAUACAUCUAACAAUA